AUGUCCGGUGAACCCAUGGCUACGGAGUCGGAGGGAGAGACUUUUGCCUUCCAGGCUGAGAUUGCUCAGUUGAUGAGCUUGAUUAUCAACACUUUCUACUCGAAUAAAGAGAUUUUCCUCCGUGAAUUGAUUUCAAAUGCAAGCGAUGCCCUUGACAAGAUUCGCUACAAGAGUCUCACCGACCCAUCUGUUUUGGAUACUGGGAAGGAAUUGUGCAUCAAAUUGAUUCCUGACAAGGCCAACAGUACGCUCACA